GUGGUUAGAGCCACUGCAUAGGCAUUGGUCUCGUUGAAUGUCAGAAAAAUCAGUCAGCUGCGCUGUGCUCGAGAACGUCUCUAAGAGUUUUCAGGCCAAAAAUAAGGGAUUUUGUUGUCACUAAUCACGACUGCGAUCAUCUCGACUCCGAAAGUGUGUUUUUUUUUUAAAUCUUCAAAUCAACCCGCAUAACUUGUGUGUGUGUGUGACUGAAAACUGUUGAUUGGUCGAAAAAAUCGUUUGAGCGGUUCUCCACGAAAAAGCCAAGGAAAAAAAGGGAAGCCCGAAAACCGGCCGCAAACUGGGCGAAUUAGCGUGCCAUGUGCCACUUGGAUCGACCAUGGCCGCCGACCAUCACAUUCAGCAGCAUCAACCGCAUCACCAGACGCAACAUCACCAGCAACAACACCACCAACAACCCACAACAACAACAUCGUCGUCAGCCGCUCGACGUGAUGACAGUCUGGAACGCUUGUUCCCUCGCUGCCGCCUCCGCUCGCCGCCCGUCGACACGGCCGUUCUCAUCGAUCUGAGCGACGACAGUCACGUCGUGCAAACGAGCGGCGCUCCUCUGCCGCUCGCCCUCCACUCGCUGGCCCGAUCGACGCCCAUCACUCAUCCGGACGACGGACACUCUGACAGCGAUGCGUCGCCACUCCGCCGGCCACCCUCACUCAAGCUGAACGUCGCUGGCAUCCCUGGCGGCCAGCAGCAGGGACUGCAACAGCGUCGCUACUGCCCGUCGGUCAAGUACAGGACGGAGAGUGCGGAAUUGCGUCGCUCCAAGCUCCUGCGCCGGCCGCGGACCGUCGACCACGGCAACACGUGGAAUCUCUACGGCGACGUCUAUGGCGGCGGCUACGAGCCCAGCUCGGACUCUGAGGACAACGACAGCGACAAUUUUGGUUUCCCGUCGGGCGGCAAGUCCGCUGCCGCACCGCCGGCUCCCUCCUCGUCCAGCUCGUCGUCCAGUUUGAGGAAAUCGAAUUCGCCGGCCGUCCGCACCAGCGCCUCUGAAUCUCACAUCGCCGGCCACUGGAAGAAAGGCGGCCACAAUGGGCACGCGGACGGAGCGGCCAGCCAUCAGCGGCACUCGCGUCGUCGUGGCGUCAAGGAAAUCUACGACCUGACGCCUACCCGAUUGGAUUUGGGUUCGCCAUCAGCAGGAUCGGCUUCCGGCGGUGGCGGCGGAGGCGGCGGUGGAAGUGGAGUCAUCUCCUCUCAAGUCGACCCCACCCGAAUGGAAAUCGCUGGCGGCCGCGAGAUUGUGUCACUUUCGAGAGGCCGGACGCGGGGCUCCCAGCGGAAGCAGCAGCGCGUUCACUCGACGGUCGAUCCAGCGCCGCCGAUUGACAGUCCGCCAAACAACAACAACAACAACAGUACGCCUUCGAGUAGUAACCGGAGUAUCAACCGCUACAGCGGCGAGGUCUACUACGAGGAGAGCGUGGGUCGUUACGGGUUCCAUGUUGGCGGAGGCAACACCCUGUGGGGUAGCCAAGGGCUGGAGCCCAGCUUCAGCAUUCCCAGCAACUUGAACGAGAAGCAGUACUCUUCCGGCAUUCCGUCGGGAGUCGCUGGGAUGGGCGACGCCACCACCGCCGCCGCCACCACCACCGCGGAGCAUCGCACGCAAAACCACGGACUGAAAAGGCCGUUGUCUUGGGCUGGAGACGAUCCGGUGACGGACCGUCAGCUGGAACAAUUAGAAGAGCCGCAACGUCAGCAGUUGGCUAGCACUUCUAGUCAGGAUCGCGAAGGAGAAUCGUCGGAUCGAGAAGCCAAACAUUCCGUCAUGGUCUCGAACGGCCUCUUGCCGGGAAUCGAAGAGCCGCCACCUUGCCCGCAAGUCAAAACCAUCCACGGAUACUUGACGGAUUUCUAUCCGGAAGUGGUUGCAGUCGAGCAAAGCAGCGCCGAUCCAUCAUCGCCGAGCCCUUUGAAUCUUGACAACUACCUGUCGGAACAAUUGAACCAGUUUGCCCAGCAGUCGGUUAGGAGAGAGGCCAGCGAGGUGGAAGAAGCCUCUCAACUUCUUUUAUCGCAGUCGCCGCCGGCCCAGCAGCAGCAGCAACAACAACAACAGCAGCAGCAAUUGACGGUAGCCACGGUAAUUGGCGGGUUGACGAUCGCUCAGUAUGAAGGAUCGCCUCGUCGUUACGGUGUCAGGGCUCAUCCAGCAGCAGCAGCGGCGGCGGCGGCCAUUAACUCCAACGGCCAGGAUGACUACUCGGAUGAUUCCAACAAACCCAACGGGCCGACGAUGAUCAUCGGUUCAGUUCCCACUCGGCCCCUAGUUCCGGGAUUCCCGAGACGUGUCACCUCGAGCCCGAAUCCAGCUCAUCCGCAGGCCACGUUCAGUCCGUCGGCUACCAGACAGACGCUGGUGGAUUUGGCUGCCGGACCUGCGGCAACGUCGACGCCUGUCGCUGCCACCCCGGAAGGCUCGUCCGCCAAUCACCACAUGUCUUGGCAUCUGGACGAGGCCGACGACAGAGACGUCCUGCGCUCAUCCAGCCGGCACCUGGAUCGAGCUGACGUGAUUUCUCUCAACGCCGAGACGGACCUGGGUGAGACGGAAGUCGGACUGGAGAUGGGCAAGAGCCGCAAUUUCACUCUCUCGCCCGAAACGACCGACUACGACGAUUCCGAACUGGACAUCAACAACGGCACGGAGCUCUCGGUCUCGGAUAUUCCGGGGAUGAAUGGGGGGGCCGACGCUUCCGGGCCGCGUCAAAUGGAGCCGUUCGACGCUGUGGCAGGAGGCGUCGAAACGACGGGCCGUCGGCGAAGCAGCAGCAAAAGCCAAAACGGCCUCAAGGGCCAAUUCAGCAGCAUGCCCAUUUUGGAAGACGGCCUGUCGUCCGGCCGGAGCAGCGUCGGCAGCGGCGACGACAUUAGCGUCGGCAGCAGCGCCAGCGUAACGAGCGCCAGCGACACGGAAGAAGACGCCGUAACAGAUCGCAUCCCUCUCAUGGCGGAUCGCCGGAUGAAACAACAACCAUUGUCCGCCCUACAGCAGCAGCAACAACAACAACAGCAUCCAUUGCAUCCGUCGGUCAAUAACGGCUGCCGCAAUCUGGCCGGCGCCAGUCCGCUCCAAUCGUCGAUCGCGGGACUUUCUGGUGCCCGUUCGACCAAGAAUUCCGCUUCUUCUUCUUCUCAUCAUCAGCAACAACAACAACCACAACAACAAUCGCAGACGAUGUGGGCCAAGAAGUUGUCGGCUGCUAUUUCGGAUUGCGACCACCGCAAUCAUCAGGAUUCGGCCAUGAUCCAGGGGUCUUUCCGAGCCAGGGAUGCCACGCCUCCCCCGCCGGCCCCGCUCGCUCAUCGGCCACCGGCGUCCUCUCAACACUCUUCUCUGCAGACGGCCACGACAUCUCCAUCGACGAGUGUGAACAACGUGAAAUCGUUUUCGUCCGCCUCGGCGGUGGCCGCCGCCGUCGUCGUAGGAGCCGCUCAGAACCGCAACCACCAGAACAACAGCCACGCUAGUCCGCUGAGGCUCAGUCCAGGCCCGGAUACGCCUUCCAUUACUUCCGGCGGCGCCGGCGGAAGCAGUAGCAGCAGCAGCAGUAGUAGCAGCAGCAGCAGUAGUGGUGGUGGGGGUGGCAGUUGUAGUAGUGGAGUCGGUUCGACUGCCGGCAAAAUGCAGAACAUUGGCAACAGCAGCAGCAGCAAUCAACAGACUAAAAUGGGUGGGCCAUCGCCGGGCGAUUUGAGUCUGCACGAACUGGGCGAAGCGCUGGAUCACGGAUCGCGGAUGAGAAAGGCCAGUUCCAUGCCACCUCAGGCUGCCAUUGGUUCAAUACAAUCCCCCGUUUCUCAUUCGCCGCCCGUCUGGGUCCCCAGGCAGAGUAGCGACUACUGGGUCAAAACGUCACCGUCGUCGACAUCUCCGAGGUCGAGCAGAUGCAAAGUGGGCGGAUCCGGAUCGGGAAUGCAUCCGGACGGAAGCAAAAUCAACGACGACGACGACGAACGGGAAACGGACCAGCUGCUGCGCGAUCCUGACGACCAGGGCUUCUUCGACGAGCACGCGCGCCCACCCGUUGCUUCGGAUGUCGGGCGAGCCCAUCCGACGACGAGGAUUGGGGCCGCUCCUGUGCCGACGUCUUCAUCACCGCCCACUCCGUCGUCGCUGAGAUCGGCUUCGACGGCGUCGUCGUCUACUCGGUCGUCGCCACAACAGCAACAACAACAACAGGGACAACAACAGCAGCAGCAAGUGCAGCAGCAACAGCAACAGCAACAUCUUCAACCGUCGUCGACUGUGUCGGUGGCAGCGGCCGCCACGGCAGCGCUGACCAACGGGACGGCGUCGAGCCCAUCGUCUUCCACCGGAGGAGGCGCCCCUCCGCCGUCUCGCCAAUCCGAACCCAAGGAUCUCAAAUACAGAGAAACGACGCCGUCAGCCAAGAAGAAGGAUGACAACUCGAGCCAGAGCAAGAAGAAAGGGAGGAGCAAAGAAGUGAUGGUUCACGAACCUGCAGUACUCAUCGAAGGUGUUUUAUUCCGCGCCAAUUACCUGGGCUCAACGCAGAUCGUCUGCGAGGGGCAGCCGACCAAAUAUACUCGCAUGAUGCAGGCGGAAGAAGCCGUUUCCCGCAUCAAGGAUCAAGACAUUCGUCAACACAAUCGCGAAACGGCCAGCGAUUCGUCGCCGGCCUCCAUUUCCUUCGACGACGAUGACGAAGAGGCUGAUGACGCCACCACGGCCGCUGAUGAAUCGCUGCCGCUUUAUUUCAAUGACGAAACGCAGCCGGAAUCGAGCGCCGACGUGUCGGUCAGCAACAGCAGCAGCACUCGAAUUCACGUGAAUCCUCAGAGCGAGACGGACGUCACGUCCCGAUCGUCUUGCGACUUUAACGCCAACGUUCCGUCUUGCCCGCCCUGCCAGGAGCCUCAGACUCCAGUCUCCCCCGUCCCGCAAUCCGGGGGGUCUCCCCAUCCGGCUCCGCCGGGACGCUUUUACCAAGAGGAGGAUCCCGACGAGGAGCGGCUGGACGAAGAGGAGGAGGAGGAGGAUUCGCCGUGUGCCACCUCGUCGAAAGUGAUUCACGGCUGCAGUUUCCGACUGCUCUACCAUGGAUUGUCGGAAAUCGACGAACUGCAACCGGAUAGCUCGGCGGCAUCCGGCUGCUGGAAGUACCGCACUAAAAAGGGCAUGGUAGAAGAGGCUGUGCUCAAAUUAAAGGCCCUGGCGCCGGAAGGAGAAACGCAGCCGACGACCGAAGUGGACCUCUUCAUUUCCACGGAGAAAAUCAUGGUCCUCAACACGGAAUUGAAAGAAAUUAUGAUGGAUCACGCCUUGAGAACCAUUUCCUACAUUGCCGAUAUUGGAGACCUCGUCGUUCUGAUGGCCAGGAGGCGGAUGAUAACUCAGGAUGGUGAAGAUUCCAGCAACAAAAUUGCCAAGACGCCCAAAAUGGUCUGUCACGUCUUCGAGAGUGAGGAGGCCCAGUUUAUUGCCCAGUCCAUUGGUCAGGCCUUUCAAGUUGCCUAUAUGGAAUUCCUGAAAGCCAAUGGCAUCGAGGACCAGAGUUUUGUGCGCGAAAUGGACUAUCAGGAAGUUUUGAAUUCUCAGGAGAUAUUUGGCGACGAGUUGCAAAUGUUCGCCAAGAAAGAGCUGCAGAAAGAGGUCAUCGUGCCGAAAGCCCGCAACGAAAUCCUGGGAGUCGUGAUCGUCGAAUCGGGAUGGGGGUCGAUGCUCCCGACUGUCGUCAUAGCCAAUCUGGCACCGGCUGGAGCGGCUGCUCGAUGCGGCCAGCUCAAUAUCGGAGACCAGAUCAUCGCCAUCAACGGCAUCAGCCUUGUGGGGCUGCCCCUCUCCACCUGUCAGACUUACAUCAAAAACGCCAAGUCGGCGACGGUGGUUAAACUAACUGUGGUUCCUUGCCCACCCGUGGUCGAGGUGAAAAUCAAACGACCCGACACAAAGUACCAAUUAGGUUUCAGCGUCCAGAACGGAGUGAUUUGUAGCCUUCUGAGAGGAGGGAUCGCUGAACGAGGCGGAGUUCGUGUCGGUCACCGGAUUAUUGAAAUUAACGGUCAAAGUGUCGUUGCCGUACCUCACGAACGCAUCGUUGGUCUUUUGGCAACUUCCGUCGGAGAGAUAAACAUGAAGACGAUGCCCACCUCCAUGUUUCGCCUUUUGAUUGGCCAGGAAACUCCUGUCUACAUCUGAUAGUCACAGAAACCUUGUUCGUACUUUUCUGCUUAUGUUUUGAAUUGACCCCGUCGAGAGCUCUUCACAGUCUCGCAUCUCCCCUACGGCGUCGUCAAUAUUUUUUAAAUAUUUCGGAACCGUGAAACGAAACGAAGAAAAUGGAAGACAAAAAAGAAAAAAAAAAAAAAGGAAUCAUCGUGUAUUUCACUACCAGUGUGCUGCGAUGACUGAUGGUAACGUGUCGGUUAUUAUUAGCAUGUCGUUCAACAACGCAUUACGAACCUUACGGUACCAGAGACGACCGAAUCGUUGACGUCGAUCGAACACGACGGCCAUCGGACCCAUUCAGCGCCGGUCAGAACUUCUCUAUCCACGUCUUUUCUCCAUACCCAACUUAAAAUUUUAGGUUUCGAUCUAGUCUCCGUUGGUUUUAAUUGCUGUAUGCUCGUUUUCCUUUCAUUUUUCCAAGUCAUUUCAACAGAGGAGAGUGAAGAAAGCAAAGCUCGUAUUCUUUCUUAUUUUUCACAAACCAUAUCUCAUAUCAACCGCGCUUUGCUACUAUCGAGAUGUAAGCUUUCUGUAUUAUGCGUGUUUGUUGGCUUCCUACUGUACAGUGUCGCCCACAAAUACAAACGUAAUGGCCAUUGAA